GGAUAAUCUUUCCUACCAGAAUCACCCAACAUUCGCCAUGGACUCACCCCCAUCCUCCCCUCCCCUCUCCGCCACGGGCGAAACACCAUUCGCGGUAGCCCCAGACCGUCUCACCUUCAUCGGCGGCGGCCACCUCGCCCAGGCCUUUGUUGAUGGCAUCUACGCGUCCUUCUCAACCAGCAACAACGGCAAUAGCAUCUGGAAACAUCGCAGCAGCAGAAACAAGCCAUGUCCCAUAACCAUCACCGCCCGACGGCCCGACCACCUCCGCCACCUCCAAACCAAAUACCCCCUCGCACACAUCACCCUUGACAACCUCGACCCCCAAAUCUGGGAGGAGAAGCCCGAAAAUAGCACGGAAAAAGAGGACUACCACCACGUCCUCUUCAUCUGCACCCUCCCCCGCGACGUCCCCUCCGUCUGCCUUCAAAUCGCCCCAGCCAUCGCCUCCAUUUCUUCUCCAAGCGCAAGGCCGACGAUAGUAACCAUGUGCCCGGGGAUCUCCGUGGCGCAGCUGCAGAGCUGGUUACCCGCCGGCACGCCGAUAGUGCGGUCGAUGCCGAACCUACCUGUUACCGUGCGCGAGGGGGCCACGGGAUUGUUUCCCUGCGAGAAUGCGAGACGGGGAACCAAAAGAACGGUCCAGGUGGUGAGGGACGUGAUCAGGUUGGUUAGUCCGGCGGCGGUGGUGUUGGGGAGGGAGGAGGAGUUGGAUGUUGUUGCUGCUAUUUCUGGAUCCGCACCGGCACACUUUUACUUUUUAAUCGAAUCGCUCGUUGCCGCUGCCGAAACCCACGGUCUAGACCCCGAGACGGCGCGCGAGCUGGUGGUGCAGUCGUGCUUGGGAUCGGGCAUGUUGUCGAAACGAUACUGCGAUAGACCAGUUUCGGUGUUGAGGAAAGAGGUGUGCGUGCCGGGAGGAAGCACGGAGAAGGCGAUUAACCAUAUGAUGGAUGGUGGGUUUCCGGGCUUGGUGGGGGAGGCGGUGACGAGGAGUUGGAGGGCGAAUAGGGAGAUGAGUCGGGUUGAAAGGAAUUAGAAAGGAAAGUCCUUGGGGAGUAUAUGAUAAUGUAAAGGCAUUGUGCGGAUGAGGAUAGUAGGAUAAUGGCAUCCACUGAUUGAUGACUGAAUGACUACCUUACCCAGUGUCGGUGAAAGAAAAAAAUGAAAUGCCAGGCUUUACCAAAAUCAAGUCCUACACCAUAAGCCAUAAGGUUUCAUCGUCAGAGCAGAGAAAGUAAAUGGUGCACGACAAAGUGCCGCUGAUUUCCUGUAUUUCUUCCAGAC